GUAGGUUGUUGUUUUUAGGAGCGUGGAGUUGCAGUGAAUGGCACGCACAUUUAUAAAUGGUUAAGUUCUUCUUCCUGGGAGUCCAAAUGCUGUGGACUGGAGUACUGUUGCUGUCCUGUCUGGAUCUAUGGGUAUCUGCAGAAGAUUUAUGGGACAAUGGUAUUCAAGUCCAAAAACACAGCCAUCAACAGUCAUGGGGGCGUAUUUUCAGAAAGUAUUGUGAUUCGGCACAGAUUAAGGACUGUGAUCGUGGUUAUUACAGGGAGCGAAGUUUACCACAUAAGGGACGGUGUGUGCGGUGCAACUGCAAUGGCCUGUCCAAUGACUGCGACACACAUACUGGAAAAUGUUUGAACUGCCAGUGUAAUACAGCCGGCGAUCACUGUGAGCGUUGCAGGGAGGGUUAUUACGGCAGUGCUGUUAUGAGAACAUGUCGUAUCUGUCCGUGUCCCUUAGCAGACCCCUCUAACAGUUUUGCAGUGGAAUGUCUCAGGGUUGGAGAUGAGUUUGAGUGUUUGUGCAAACCUGGUUACGCUGGAGUUCGAUGUGAAAGGUGUCUUUAAAAAAAUAAAAA